AAUUGACCUCGAGAAUGAUUAAUUUGUAUGGUUGUAUAUUGCAUUAGAAAUUUACGAAGUAAGAAUGACCCGUGCACAUAUGCUCUACGAAAACAAACCCUUGGAAUCGAUUCCAGUUACCCCUAUUAGAUGGGAGAAACGCUGGGAACCAGAACAGCUAUUUCGCUGGCAAAGGGCUGGCGGAAUUAUAGUAGAGGGUAAACUUCAUGGCCGACUGAGAUUUACCGUAUCAGAUCCUUACUCGGGUUCUCAAAAGUGGCGCUAUGUAGUGCUACAUAUCGAGAUCUCAAAAGCCUUAAAGAGGAAGUUUGAUUCGCUCACCGGGAAGGAAAUAGAACCUAACUAUGGAAAGGACAAGAAAGUCAGUACUGGUUAUCUAAUGUCUUCUUACAAGACAUCUGCUGUCAGUGAUUCGGAUAAAAUUGAUGCAGCUGAAGCAAAAAGAAUGAUAACAGUGACACAGUUGACCAGACUGACAGAAGAAAAACUUCCAGAGAGAGGAAAUAUGAUCAGUCAAGCAUUCUGGUAUGAAGAAAAAGACAUCGAUAAAAUGGAACUGCUUCAAGGGGAUCAUGUCAGAUUAAAAACUAAAGGAGAUGGUCCAUUCAUUGAGUUUAUAGCCAAACUUGGCAAUGCAGGUAGUGCAACAGCUGCAAAUUACACGGGAGGUGUAGAGGCAGGUGGCUCCUGGACAGACAAGGUGAUGUCUUUCAAAGGAAAGCAAGAUGUUCCACAAGAUGAAGGAGAUGGUGCCGAUGAUGAUGACUGGGAUGACUGAGUAUUACUGAGAUGGAUCAGUUGUACAUUAGAAGUUGCAUUAGCUGUGGGAGGUUACUGUCUGAGGGUUACUACAAUUUGCAAUUAUCUCAACUACUGUCAGCUACCAGCUGCUUUUUUUGCAUUGAGAUGGAGUUUUUACAGAGAUGAGGUACUGUACUUCAAGAGAACCACCGGCAGCGCAACUUUUAAAAGUUGAUCAAACUAGAUGUAUUGCAUCAGCUGUAUAUUACAGAUUUCUGAUUUUUUUUAAUCAGAUGUCAUAUAUUUAACCUUAAGAAUAGUGUGAAACAAUGCAUGAAGUACACUGUAUCACUAACAUACCAGGAAAAUGAAAUGAUAGAAAUCUCAUGGUAAGGGGGGUUGUAAUGAUUGACACAUAGUAGAAGUAAUAUUACAUUUAAUUCAGUAAACUCAUACUAUUUGAAGUUAUUACUGGUAGUUAAGCAUCAAUCAAUCAGAAGCUUCAACAUC